AUGUAACAAAUCGCAUUUCCUGGUCGGGGAAAAAUGGGAAGUCACGAAUAAAACUACAUCACGAAAUAAUCUUUCUGAUUUGCAGUCAUCGAUUUCUAGCAUUAUUUAGGAGUUAUCUGCCAGAAACAGAAAGUGCCAUCAAAAUGGCAAAUGUUACUAUCAAAUAUUUUGGGAGCCUAAAGCAGACCGACCCGACCAACCACCCUGUGACCAUCAUAGGACAAGUGAAGAACUUGAACUCUGUCAAUUAUGAUGCUGUCAAGUGCAAGUUUGGUUCAAAGGUCACUGAAGAGACCUGGAAAGCCGCUGUUGCCAGCUUACACCCGUCGCCAACUGACUCCUGUGCUCUGUGGUUAAACAACGCCAAUGUUGCCGCUCUACCGACAAAGUGCAGUCGCCACAAUACGCCCUCCAGAAGCCAUUCCUUGAUGAAGAUCGUCAAAGCCUACUUGAUGGGCGGUGAUGAAUAUUUCGUGAUUGUGUGUGAGCGUUCCGAUGCCUUUGCAUCAGGUUGUGCCAUUGCUAGAGCCUUGCCAUUGUACUCGCAAAAGUCCCGCAUCAGUACUUCAAAACGCACAGUGAACGUCGAAUUCUUGCUUGUCGGUAGCGAUAAGACUGUCCUGAGUGAGAGCGAGUUAACUUGUCUGUCUGAUAUGGCGCAGGGCAUACGACUGGCAGCGAAGAUAGUCGACAUGCCAUGCAGUGUGAUGCACACUGAUGCCUUUUUGGAGGAAGCCCAAAUAGUUGCUGAUGAUUUGGGAAUUAAACCUGUCAUUAUACAAGGAGAUGAACUUGAAGAGAGAGGUUUUGGAGGACUGCAUGGUGUUGGAAAGGCAGCAAUCCAUCAACCAGCACUAUGUGUGCUCAGCCAUCGUCCCGCAGGUGCUACUAAGACCAUUGCCUGGGUCGGCAAGGGAAUUGUCUAUGACACUGGUGGUCUCUGUAUCAAGGGAAAGACCAGUAUGCCAGGGAUGAAGAGAGACUGUGGUGGGGCGGCAGCAGUGCUCGGAGCCUUCCAUGCUGCUGUGAAACAGGGAUUCACCGAAAAUCUCCAUGCCUUGUUGUGUUUGGCUGAGAAUGCAAUUGGGCCAGAAGCACAAAGACCAGAUGACGUUGUCAAACUUUACUCAGGAAGGACCGUUGAGAUAAACAACACUGAUGCAGAAGGCAGACUUGUCCUCGGAGAUGGGGUGGCGUACGCGAGCAAAGAACUGAAGGCAGACGUGAUUGUUGAUAUUGCUACGUUAACUGGUGCUCAGGGCAUUGCUACUGGUAAAUACCAUGCGGCAUUGCUCACCAAUAAUCCCGAUUGGGAGGAGAUAUCUGUAGAGGCUGGUCGAGCGUCUGGAGACCUCAUCCAUCCUGUUCCCUACUGUCCCGAGAUUCAUUUCAGUGAAUUUUCCAGUGCUGUCGCUGACAUGAAGAAUUCUGUAGCAGACCGCACCAACGCUCAGGUGUCCUGUGCCGGCUUGUUCAUAGGCUCCCACAUAGUUAGUGAUCAAGCAUUGUUCGAGUUCCCGUGUACCUGGCUCCACAUCGACAUGGCAUAUCCUGUACAUUGUGGUGAAAGGGCAACGGGCUACGGGGUUGGCCUUCUGAACACGCUGUUCGGACACCUAUCCCAGAGUACAUUGCUGCAAUACGUGGCGCCACAGGCGAUAGAUGGUGAAUCAAGCGAGAGAGACGAGAACGCCUUGAAGAAAAUUCGUUUGGUUUAGGACUAGCUACGAUAGUGUGAUAUCAAGAAAGUGACAGAAUUUGGACCCUUAUUCAAUUCAUGAUUAUUAAACAUUCUGCCAGUGCACUUUGUGCCAAAAAUCAUGUACUCUCUCCGCAUAUUGUAUCAGGCUUUCUUCUUUAGGCCAGCAAGUACCCAAAGAUUCAGGGGUAUUUUUGCAACUACAUGUAGGUCAUGUUCAAAUAUGAAAUAAACAAAAUGUAGAGUGUAUUUUAGUGUGGGCUGUCCUGCUCUUAAAGGUCAAUGUGCAAUGCCGUUUAUUAAAAUUUGAAAUUUGAAAAUUUUCGAUUACAUAAAUACGCAUUCGAUAGAAUUUUCUGCACUACUUUGAGUAGAUAGAUAUACGAUUACUAUAAACACCAUGUUUCAGCAAAUUUCUAUGUAUAUUAACUGCACUACAGCAUUUCUGUUUUCCUGGAUCACAAAUAAUUACAAACGGCAUACUCCUUUAAACUAUAUUUUAGUUGGUGUAGAUUUCCAUUGGGGACCAACUAAUUGGUCACUUUUGCUGGCUUCUCAUUUGUACGAAUAUAUUGAUAUAAGAAGUAUUUUUUAUUUAGUUUGAUACUUAAAAGGUAGCUCUAGAUUAUUAUUUUAUUAAACGGUUAACCUGUCCAAUUACUCUUGAAUAUCUGACAAUUAUCUUUGCCAGAACAAAGAAGACACAUUUUAGUGGUCAACUUCUCCAGUUGCUUUUUGGGAACUCAAAUUUAGAAUCAAAUUGUCAGAAGAGUACAUGGGGGUGGGUCUUUAAAUGUGCUAGGAGAAUCUGUGUGAAUGCUGUAUACAUGAUAUGAAAAUGAUGUUUUUCACUGUGGAUUGCUUUACCCGUACUUUCAAUAAAUAUUUAUCACAAA